AUGGACAUCAUCACCCGACCUGCCGUUCUGGCGCCCGCGCUGCUUAUCGCAGGCUAUCUCGUGUACCAGAUUCUGCGACCGUCAACAUUGCCCAGGCUUCCUAUCGUUGGUUCGCGCCCGGGCGAAUGGUUCCCUUUGGUGAAAGCAAGAUGGCGAAAUGCGAAGGACAUGCGAACCUCGACGCUCGUGGCAUACCAACAGCACCGGGAUGAAGCAUGUCUAUUGCCUAUCGCAGGAGGGCAGGAUUUUGUUCUAUUGCCGCUCCAAGAAAUGCAAUGGCUCCUUGACCAACCCGACUCUAUUUUCAGCAACCAUGCUGCGAUCAAGGAAGAUCUGCAGUUGGACCUUGUUGUCCGCGACCCGGGUCUUAUCGAGAACCCGCUACACAACCAUCUCAUAGCUACCAAGCUUACGAGGGAGACUGGAAACUUGAUUCCGGACCUGUUCGAUGAACUUCAGACGAGUUUCGAGGAGAUUUGGGGACGCGACACUGUAAAUUUCAAGCAGGUGGUUCUUUGGGAGAGUAUGCAGCUGAUCAUUGGGCGAGUUACCAACCGAGUCUUCGUCGGCCUGCCUAUGUGUCGUAACAGUGCUCUCCUAGAGAUGGGCAUUGCCUGCGCGCGCGACUUGCCUAUGGCCGCGGCCAUCCUUCGGUUCUUCUGGGGCCCAAUUCGGCCGCUCGUGGCGCUUCUUUUGACGCUUCCUUUCCGCAUCCAUUCAGCUCGGUUCUGCCGGAUCUUGAAACCUGAGAUUACUCGGCGGCUUCAAUCCAAUGAAGCCCGCCAAAACGAUCCAGAAGGCAAAGCCUUGCGUGGGGAACCAAACGACUUCCUCCAGUGGUCCAUCCAUCAGGCGAAAGCUUCGGGCGAUCCUCACAACAUGAAACCCCAGACGCUGGCCUCUCGUAUCAUGCUGCUGAACUUCGCGUCUAUCCACACUUCGUCGUUCGCGAUUACUCACGUAUUGUUCGACCUUCUUGCCUCCAAGAAGGAGUACAUCGAAGAGCUUCGCGAAGAGGUUCGCGAGGUUCUGGCCGCCCACGAUGGGCAAUGGGAUAAGCGAACCCUCGCCGCACUGCCAAAGCUGGACAGCACUAUGCGUGAAUCGCAACGCCUCAACUCAUUUGCCACUAUAGCCACCAGCCGCACUGUCAUUGCGCCCAAGGGCGUCAAGACUCCGUCUGGUGUGGAGCUGUCACCGGGCACUAGAGUUUGCGGCCCGUCAUUUCCCGUGUUCCACGAUGGUGACAUCUAUCCAGACCCGUACGAGUUCAGGCCUUUUCGCUUCGCGGAGAAGCGAAGCACUACGGAGGGCUCGUACGUGGACAAGGCCCGCCAGGCAUGGCCUACGACGAGUACAGAGUACACGGCGUUUGGUCACGGUCGGCAUGCUUGCCCCGGACGGUUUUUUGCGUCGAGUGAAUUGAAGUUGAUGUUGGCGUACAUACUACUGCAUUACGACUUCGAGAUGCAGGAAAAGCGGCCGGAGAAUGUGUGGUUUGGGCUGCAAAGAGUACCGCCACUGAAGGCUUCGCUACGAUUCAGGAGGAGAGAUGCGCCGUAG